CACCGUUGCAACGAGGAGGGACACUACGCCCGCGAGUGCCCUAACGCCCCGGCCAUGACCUGCCGCGAAUGCGGAUCCCCUGACCACAUCGUCAAGGACUGCCCUGAGAAAACGUGCAAGAACUGUGGCGAGAAAGGUAAGACCAAUGUUCCCCCAGUACUCUUGAAUACAGUCUAAUGACCUUGCCAGGCCACACCAUCUCCAAGUGCGAGGCGGCCCGUGCGAUCGAUCGCAGCCACUUGCCGGACAAGACGAUCCAGGAAGCCUGGGACAUGAUUGUUGAGGCUUCCAAGGAGAAGGAGGUCACUGAGGUCAAAGAGGCCAUCCAGAUUUACCUCAAGGCGAGCCCUGAGACGACUUAUCUGCAGCUGGAGGAGGCCCUUCGUGCCCAGGAUGUCAACCUGUGGCUGAUUGCCAUUGAGAAGCCCGUCAUGAGCACCAUGACCAACAUGGACUUGCAGGGUGGCCUCAACAAAAAGUACACCGUCACCUAUCGCUUCCAGUGGAACCCUCCCCGUCCUCGCGACCGCGAGUUGUGGCCGGCCGAUGUUGCCGAGAACCUUGAGCGUCUCAAGGACGCCGGUGAGGUUGUCUCUCGCGGCAUCCCCAAGUGCGGCAACUGCGGUGAAUUGGGCCAUAUCCGGAAGAGCUGCCCUGAGGAGGGUGCGGAGAAGGAGGAGGUUGUCAUCAAGUGCUUCAACUGUGAGGAAGUUGGCCACCGUAUCCGCGACUGUGAGCUCCCCUUUCUACCGCGGAGUAAGACUUAAUCUAACGUUGUAUAGGCCCCAUUCCUCGCGUGGA